AGUAUGUUGUCUGUUUUCCUCACAUUACUGGGGAGAGUAGACGUAGUGUUUGCUUUAAUCGCUGAAGUUUAGUGGAUAGAACUGUGUUAACUUAAAUGAACUUUCACGAGUUACGAGUGCACAGCGAGACCAACUCAGCGCGAGCAUCCGGUCACUUGUCUCAUCCCGUGUCGCGUGCAAUGUUGAAGAAACCAGCCGCCACUUUGUGAACUGAGCUCGGACUGUUAGCUAGCUAACACUCGCUAGCUCAGACUGUAGCACCAACAAUGUCUAUUCUUCCACAAAAUAACCUGAAGGAGCAGCUGGCGAGGCACAGCAAUGCUGCUCAGAGCAAACUGUCUCUGGCUAAACCCAAACCGGGGGCCUUUUCUUUCAAAAAGAAGACCUCAUCGGGUACAACCAAGGUGGAAGUCCUGACCAAGGUAACCAGCUCUAAUGUUUUGGCAAACAGGAAUGUCAAUGUCCCUAAGAACAGUGUGGUGACUCAAUCUCCUUUGACAUUUUCAAACAAGCUUGAGAGACCUCAAAAAUCCAAAAUCAACAACUUCUUCCCUGUAAGUUCAAAAGGCAUGUCGGACUCAAGCACCCCAGCAGGUAACCGUGCUCCUGCAGGUCAGACUCCUUCAGCAGUGUCUGCUACUAAGGUGACGACAGCUCUGACUAAAUCUGACAACCAGUUCACUAGUGGCAAUGGAGGCAACUCCACAAGUCUGGAUGCAUCUCUUGGAAUCUCGAUAGAUGACUGGGAUGAUUUUGAUGACUUUGAAACUCCUCCCGCCAAAGCAAAAAAUGACUCAUUCAGUUCAGAAAAAUCUGGGAAGAGCGCCAAUCCAGUGUCGUCUUUUAGUGAAGAAAAAACACAGCACACAGAGAAACUAAACCAUGACGCCUCUCUCAGAACACCAGAGUUAAGCAGCAGUUUUGGAAACAAGACAGGUCUCUCCAGAAGUGAACAGUCUCGCAUGGACACAGAUGAACUGGAGCAUGGUGUCGACAAAUCUGCAGUUUCACCAGGACCUAGUUCGAAUCAGGACCCAGCAGAGUUUGAAAUUGAGGAUUCUCCAGUUAGAAAGCCCAGAAGACGACGACUUCCCUCUGUUCAUCUGACGUCUGUCCUGAGUGAUAGUGAAGAGGACAAGGAUGAUGUGGUGGAGACUUUUAAAGAAAAGACAGACGAUAAGAAAAAAUGGGUUGACCCAAAGGUCAUACAGCUUAAUGACAACUCAGAGCCUGAAGAUGAUCUUGAUUACAUUCCCCCUUCUCCGAUCCAUGAUCAGAUCUCUUAUACCACUUUUGCACUGGAGACCAGCAGGUCUAAAUCAGCUGGUACUGAAAGCAGAGACAGUCCUGUGCAGUCAAAGGGACCUACAACAACACUACCUGAACCCUCUGAUCACCACUCAAAAGAUAAAACAAAUGAGCAACUCUUCAGUAUCAUGGAGUCCAUUUGUUCUCUGGUUGAUUCCAUCCCUGAACAUGAACUGAUAGGUUUGUCUUGUGGAGAUGAGCUGUUGCUGAAGAGGGCUCAAAGGAAGAGGAUUCUUGCAACAGGUGGUGGCGGUUUAUUGAAGAUACAGCAGCCAGACAGCACUGUGAUUUCUGAACCCCGCUUUACAGAAAAAUCCCUUAGCUGUGAUACGUCUAGUGUUAUGUCAUACAGCACCUCUGUGCCCAUUGACUUCAAGAAGCCUCCUCAGAUCAGGAGAUCUUCAGUCAUCUCUCUGGACUAUGACUCUGAUCUCUCUGACAGUAUUAUUAACACACAGCCUUUGUACAGUAAGAACAGCGGGACAGUGUCAGUGAAAAAUCAGAGUACCUGCGACUCUCCGUCAGCCCUCAGCCUCACAAAGCCAUCUUUUGAUUUCUCUAAGAAAACAAGCACAGACCUGGAUGAUUCAGAUCUCUUCUUCUCUCCCAAGAAGCCUGUUGAAACUGUUGUUCAGAAGAAAUCUAACACCCCAGCAGCCAUUACACCUGCAGAAGAGAUGGUGUUAGAUGAGUUUUAUGAUGACUACUUUGACAUAGAUGACUUCAAUGACUCCGAUAUCCCUGAUUACUAUGACGAGCCCCCAAACUCCAGCACUGUGACUACAACAGUGAAAGAGGGGGGACCAAGCAAGUCUUCAUGGGAUAAGAAACCAACAACACCUGCUCCUACACCCAAGCCUUCAACGGUCUGCUCUCCUGAGCCCACCUUCAGAAACCCAGCCCACGAUCGCUUCAGAGGGUACAACUUCCCCCACUCACAGGAGAUGAUGAAGAUCUUUCACAAGCGUUUUGGUCUCCAUCAGUUCAGAUUCAAUCAACUUGAAGCAAUCAAUGCAACAAUCCAGACAGAAGACACGUUUAUUUUGAUGCCCACUGGUGGGGGUAAAAGCCUGUGCUACCAGCUACCUGCCUGCGUGUCACCAGGGGUCACUGUGGUCAUUUCUCCUCUCAAAUCACUCAUUGUAGACCAGGUCCAGAAACUCACAACACUGGAUAUCCCAGCAACAAGCCUGUCUGGUAAUGUAAGUGAGAGUGAAGCAGGGAGGAUUUAUAUGCAGCUCUCUAGAAAAGACCCCAUCAUUAAACUUCUUUAUGUCACCCCUGAGAAGGUGAGUGCAAGUAACAAGCUGAUCUCCGCCCUGCACAACCUGUACGAGCGAGGCCUUUUGGCCCGCUUUGUCAUAGACGAGGCUCAUUGUGUCAGUCAGUGGGGUCACGAUUUCCGCCCAGACUACAAGAAGUUGCAUGAACUUCGUCAGAAGUUUCCCAAGGUGCCGAUGAUGGCCCUGACAGCCACCGCUACCCCGCGUGUUCAGAAAGACAUCCUCAACCAGCUGAAUAUGACUCGGCCACAGGUGUUCACCAUGAGCUUCAACAGAACGAACCUGAAGUAUGCUGUCCUGCCUAAGAAACCCAAAAAGGUCGAUGAGGACUGCAUCAAUUGGAUCAAGAAGCACUAUCCACGCGACUCUGGCAUUGUGUACUGCCUGUCCCGUAACGACUGUGAUGCCAUGGCUGAGAGCCUGCAGAGAGCACAGAUAUUAGCUCUGUCCUAUCACGCAGGCCUGAGUGACAGUGACAGAGAGUAUGUGCAGAACAAGUGGAUCAACCAGGACGGCUGCCAGGUCAUCUGUGCCACCAUAGCCUUUGGCAUGGGUAUCGACAAGCCUGAUGUGCGCUAUGUGAUCCAUGCCAGUCUGCCGAAGUCAGUGGAGGGUUACUACCAGGAGUCCGGGAGAGCUGGCAGAGACGGAGAGAUCUCUCACUGUAUUCUCUUCUACUCCUACACCGACGUCCACCGCAUCAAGAGGAUUAUCAGCAUGGACAGAGAAGGUGACAGACACACCAAGGCGACUCAUUUCAACAACCUCCACAGCAUGGUGCACUUCUGUGAGAACAUGAUGGAGUGCCGAAGGAUUCAGCUGCUUGCAUACUUCGGGGAGAUGAAGUUCAACAAAAGCUUCUGUAAGGAACACCCGGACGUGAGCUGCGACAACUGCGCCAAACCAAACCAAUACAAGAUGAGAAAUGUCACUGAAGACGUGAAGAAGAUUGUGAGGUUUGCCCAGGAGAACUGCGAAAAAGUUGGAGCAAGGUUUGGCAGGACUUCUCAGCAGAACCGACUGACACUGAACAUGCUGGUGGACAUCUUUAUAGGGUCUAAAUCUGCCAAAGUACAGACAGGAAUGUUUGGGAUGGGAGGAGCCUACUCCAGACACAAUGCUGACCGUCUCUUCAAAAAGCUGGUGCUGGACAACGUCCUGGUGGAGGAUCUUUACAUCACCAACAACGGCCAAGCUGUGUCGUAUAUCUCUGCUGGACCCAAAGCCAUGAACGUGCUGUCUGGACACAUGCAGGUGGAGUUCUAUGAGACGGAGAGCGCGUCUAGCAUCAGGAAACAUAAAGCAGCUGUGGCCAAGAAUGUCUCCCAGAGAGAGGAGAAGGUUCAGGAGUGUCUGAAGGAGCUGACGGAUCUGUGCAAGCAGCUGGGGAAAGCUUUUGGCAUUCACUAUUACAACAUCUUCUCCACUGCCACCUUGAAAAAGAUAUCAGAGAAGCUUUCUUCUGACGCUGAGGUCCUCUUACAAAUCGACGGUGUGACAGAAGACAAACUGGAGAAGUACGGAGCUGAAGUCAUACAGCUCCUAGAGAAAUACUCUGCGUGGCAGCUGCCAGAGGAGGAACAGGCAGUCAGUGGUGGAGACGGGUGGAUAGACACGGCACAAGGUCGCGCAUACGGAGACUCGGAAGACGAUGCAGAGUCCUCCACGUACUUCAAUAAUAAGCCUGCACAGGGACAGAAGAGAAAGAAAGCUCCAUUCUUCAAAUACUCCAAGAAGAAAAAAGCAUAUGGCAACUCAAGUGGCAACUCUAAAGGUCGUGGCUACAGCAGCAAUAAAUCGUUUUCAUCGUACAGCUACAGAGGUGGAUCAAAAGCUGCAGGUCGGGGGUCCAGGAGCACAGCGGGCGAUACAUCAGCAGGCAGGAGACCGGGCAUCAUGAGUGUCCCGACCCCUCAAACCAGCCAGCGACCCUUCUUAAAGCCAACCUUUUCAUACUUGGGCUAGGGCUGUUUUCUGGAUCUGACUUUCAGGGAAGCUACUUUUUCACUACAUUUUCAAACCAGCUGGUGUUACUGGGUACAUCCAAAGGGUUAAUGUAAACUGAUAAAAUUGUAUAUUUAUGUUCUGUACAUGACAUCUGUCCAGAUUUUGUAUUGUUCAUUGUAAAUUGUCACUUUUCACUGACCAUUUUGAUGUAAAUCUUUUUUUUUUGUUAUAAUAAAGACCAAUUAAAAUUUUGUAAUAAUAAACUUCAGCUGGUCGACAGAAUUUGUGUUGCA